GUGUGUCGCAGGCUUUACCCCAAUUUUCCCGCGAAUUGUUAGAAAGAUUAGGUUAAAUUCGGCUCUGAAAAGCAGACGACGGGCUUCACAUAUACCAAUAUAUGCCUACUUAUGUAUUGUAUGAUAAUGUAUACGGGCGAUACAGAGCACGUGUUUUCUCAUCAGCUUGCAUCAUUUACGUCGUAUGUCGUUUCAUCAUGAAUGCUCUAGCGCGCGAUACAAGGUAGUCUUUUACUCAGAGGCUACUUUUCCUACUUAUCAGCUCGAUGACGUUUCUUGAAAUCUUCUCAUUAAUCGGACCUAACAUCGAGACGGAGUAUAACGUGAUAAAGAAAUGUUUCACGAACAAGAAGAGCCCGUACCGAAACUCUCAAAGAGAGAUAUCUUGCUUACAUCAUUUAUUUCAGGUGCUCUUGCAGGAGUUAUUUGUGACGUGACACUUUUUCCAUUGGAUACCCUGAAAACGCGCUUGCAAAGUCAACAUGGAUUUUUCCAAUCCGGCGGUUUCAGGUACCUGUAUAAAGGCAUAGGGCCUGUAGUACUAGGUUCGGCUCCGUCAGCUGCUAUAUUUUUUAUUACUUAUGAAGGAAUAAAACAAUAUUCGCAACCAAAUAUACCAAAUCAGUAUCACUCCAUUAUUCACAUGAUCGCAGCAUCAUCUUCUGAAAUAACUGCCUGCUUAAUUCGGGUACCAGUUGAGGUUAUUAAACAAAGGAAACAAGCGCUUUUGUCUGAUUCGCAUCGACUGAGAUUAAGAACAUUAUAUCGCGGUUAUGGAAGCACUGUCCUUCGAGAUCUGCCAUUUGGUGUGAUUCAAAUGCCAUUAUGGGAACAUUUCAAGUUUUAUUGGACCCAACAAAUACAACGGGACUGCACACCUAUGGAAGGUGCCACUUGCGGAGCUGCGUCAGUUGCAAUAUCAGCCGCCAUAACGACGCCAUUAGAUGUUGCAAAAACCAGAAUUAUGUUAUCUAGCACAUCUGCAGAAAAAGAGGAAGUUAAAAUAUCGAUAAUGUUGAAAGACGUUUACAGAGAUCACGGUUUUAAAGGGUUGUUUGCUGGUUUUUUCCCGAGAGUAACUGGUUUUACUAUGGGUGGGUUUAUAUUUUUUGGUGUUUAUGAACAAGCUAGAGAAUUUUGUUUAUCCUAUCUUUCUUAGUCGCCAUUAAAUGAACGAAUUAUAAAAACUAAGUUAUGUGAAUUACAUACAAUUAGUAAAGAGAGAAAUUUUCUCACUCACAAUCAGUA